AUUUGACAACCCUAAAAUUUGUAAUCAUUCUGCGCCGCUCGCUUCUCUCCCCUAAAAAUUCCAAUCAUUUUCCGCGCUCGUUUCUCUCCUUCUUCAUCGGCAUGUUUUGGGUGAUUAAAUAAAUUAAAAUUAGGGGUUUUGAAUAGGGCGAUGGCGAUGACAGAUCCCUCUCCUACUCUUACUCCGGCAAAGAGAGUCGAAUGCGAGGUGGUGACACAUCCCGACGAGCCGCCUAAGAGACUGCACCAAUCACUUUCAGAGGAUGUUGGAUCGGAUUCGGAUAUCGAUGCACUAUUCGAAAGCGGAGUAACAAGAGUAGUAGAGGUAGAAGAAGAGGAAAGUGAUGGGGAGGUGCCGGAUGAUCUUAAAAAUAGUGAAGAUUACAAGAAAUACUUACAACUCAUAACCGAGAGUGACGGCUAUGAUUGUGGCUCCUUCGAUUUCCCUUAUUUUGACUAUAUUAUAGCUCCAGCAACUCAGACGCAUAUAGAUAGAAAUAGUGUUUAUGUGUCACCUGCCCUCGACGACUACAACAAACUACAUAAUAGGAAGCUGGUGUUUGAUAGCAUUGAGAAGAUGAACCUCCAGUUUGCACCGUGCUGCUAUAAUAAGUAUUUUGUGACCUUCAAAGUUAAGGACAUGGAUGAUGGUGCUGCCCUCAAGACCUUCCAAUGCAGCUUCAUGACUUUCAUCAAUGGCCCUACUAUUGAACAAUUUCGUGAGAAACCAACCCAACCCUAACUUAACUUGUUGCUAUUUAGUUUGGAUUGAAAGCUAGCUUCUCUUCCUUAUUACUUUUCUUACUACCUUUUACCUCUAUUAAUCUUAAUAUAUUUAUAUGGAUUUCGCUGC